AUUCCGUCGCGUUUGCCAUCAUCCGUCGUCGAUCGUCGCCAAGGUGUGCGCGACUGCGAGUUUUCGCGUUCGAUUAGUUUUUCUUCUUUUUUUUUCGUUUUAUAACAUUAACAGUUGUUUGUUUGUAAUUAGUGGGUACCGCGCGUUCGAUUGAUUACUGCUGCGUGUACGUAUUGAGGGAGGUGGUGGAAACAAGUAGGCGUUGUGAAGAAUCAUCGAAUGUGCAGUGUAGCUGAUGCUAGCGGUCCCUCUCGGCAAAACGUGCCCUGUGUUGAUGAUAUGUUGAUGUGAUAAUGAUGAUGAGUGCUAUUGUUGCCUGUUGAAUGGAUCGACAGUUAGCGCCUGCUUAGGCUUUUUGAUUAGUGAAAGUGAGCAGCACGCGAAAUAAGGUUGAUUUGUUAGCGUGUAACGUGGCGGCACAAAAAAUAUAGUGCAUACGGAAAAGUACAUAGCCGCUGCUUAUAUCGUGCAAUUGUUUGUGUUCACAGAACCGUUUGACGGGGGAAGAUUGUGUGCGCUACGGUGACGGACGGCGCUUUUCGAAUCGCAUCGUGAACACGGACCAAUCGGUGUCUUUCGAUGAAAUCGAUUCCUACCAGUGUGUAAUCGUUCAGUGAACAACCAGUGCGUCCCCAAAACAAACCAGUGGUCGUCUCUAGAUGCCGCCACAGAUCCUACCGGCAAAGAUGCAGUCACGUGAUCAUCCCUUCAACCGUUCGACGCGUCCUCUGCUGGAGCGUCGUGCGAACAUGGCACAACCCCAAGUGCUCCCCAGCAAACAGAUGCAAAUUAAGAAACCGCCAAUCACCCGGGGAUACAACGACUUCAACCUCAUCACCCGUCAGUACGAAAACAUUAACUCCAACAAGGGCUAUCCCUACGGGAGUCCUCCUUCCCCAACGAACCUCAACAACAUCGACUUCCAGUUCUCGGAUGUCAAAGAGUCACACUACCGGGUACCUCCUAGCACCAACUUUUUUGCCACUAGCACCAAUCGCAAUAACAGUGACCACGAGGACGAGGAAGACGACGACGAUUACGACGAGCUGGUGUACCAUCACAAUCAGAUCAACGUCCAACAGCAACCGGGGAUCAACUCUAGCGUCCGUCGGCGACAACUGAUCGACGCAUCGUCCGGUGGAGUUGCACAUCCGCCGCCAGUGCCUCCGCAGCGGCUGAUUCCGGUGACCACUCCUCCGCCGCCGCCUCGUGGCGAUACCCCGGAAAACGAUGGCCCCUUCGUUUUCGGCGUUCAUCACCCGAACACCUUUACGCCGGCCUACGGGAAGGUGAAGGACGGCGCCGUUAUCAGUCCCAAUGCAUCCAUCCAGAAUAAAAGUGAUAUUAGCUCUAAGAAUUCCUCAUCCAGCGAAAAUGGCAGGCGAGCCCUUGUCAAGGAGAAGAAAAACUCAAAGCGUACCAAAAAAGACAAGAAAUUCAAAUCCAAGGAAAAACAGAAGGACCCGGUGAAGUGUGGCUCUUCCUCCAAUGACAGUACCUCAUCCUCGUCCAGCAGCGAUGCCUCCUGCACCAAAGAUCCUCCAAAUGUCAAAUGUGUCCUGGUCGGGGACGGCAAGGUUGGCAAGACGAAUCUGAUCGUGUCCUACAUCCAGGAUCGGUUCAUCCCGGACUAUGUGCCGACCGCCUUCGAUAAGUACAAUGUCGACGUCAGCGUGGAUGGACGACCGAUCGGGGUGACGCUGUGCGACACCGCCGGCCAGGACGUGCUGGAUCCGCUGCGGCAGCUCUGCUAUCCGGACACCGACGUGUUUCUGCUGUGCUUCUCGGUGGUCCAGCCCGAAUCGUUCCGGUCGAUUGCCGCCAAAUGGGAACCGGAAGUGUCGAAACGGAAAGGCACCCAGCUGGUGCUGGUCGGGACCCAGUCGGAUCUGCGCUCCGACCGGUCCACGGUACUCAAACUGCAGGCUCAGGGAGAGAAACCAGUUCCGGUAUCGGCAGCUUGGGAUUUUGCCCGAAAGAUUGGCGCCAACUACAUCGAGACGUCCUCCCAUAAAAAGGACCGUGUCAAGGAGGCCUUCGACACCGCCAUCUGGGAUGUGCUGCAAGCCCGGGAAUUCCGCCGGAAACGACCCCUCUGGAAACGGAUGCUGUGCUGGACUUGCUGAAUGAAGUACCUUUACCUGAUAGGCGAUCCGUCUGCGUGUAUCGUAAUGUAAAAAAUUAGAGCACAAACACAUCUUAAAUCGAGUGCAGUCGCGAAUCGUGGAAUGAGACGACUUGAGCGAUCGAAAUUUUUGUGUAAAAAAAUAAUAAUAUAAAAUGCAUUCCAAUGCAUUAACGAAUCAAAAUAACUGAGACUGGUUAUAAAGCUAUUUUUAUGUUAGCUUUCCUGUUUAUUUUUUAGAUACUCGUUUCAUGUCACAUUAUGCUUAUCAGUGAAAUGCAGCCUAAAGUUUGCCUGUUUUAACUUUGUUUUACUCGAGCUACAACUUUUGUAAACUAUUGUAUUUUUUCUGUUGUAAAACAUCCUAUUUUGAAUUCACGUAUUACUAUCUGUGUAAGCGAUACCUAGUUUUAAGAUUAACUAAUCGUUAGCAGUGUAGAGAAUAAGAGACGAAAUUAUCAUUCCAGGAACUGUAAAGAGGAGUAAACAUCACCAUUCCUAGCUGAACGUGUUUUCUGAAGACAUUUUUCUAUUAAAGAACUUGAAUUAUGAUGGAAUCUUUAGAAAAGCAAACUCAAAAAUUUAAUUUGGUUCAAAACUGAUGUAUCUGAUUAUCUAUAUUGUAUCAAAAAUACUGGUCCAACCACCGAUCGCAUCACAAACUUUAGUGUAGCAAUUCGUGUAAGUGGAAAACGUAAAGGGUCUUCCAAAAUUGCGAAAAUAUGUUUUUAAAGAAUUAAGUUUAGGAAUUGUUUAACCCUUUCUUGGUUGGUUGGGCAGCAAAACUUCUUGCCAGUCCUGAUCCGGAACGACGAAACAGACCCAACAACAAGCAUCAUAUUGUAUUAGAGAUCCUAGCAAAUGGAACGACAUUGUACUGAAUCCGACUGAAAAUAUAUAGACAUAUGUACGAAUAUAUGCAUUAAUUGCCCGGAGAUAAUUGCUCUCCACAAGUCCCAAGAAACUCAA